AUGACAGGCAACCAAAUCGACGAGGCUCUCCUAGAUGCCCUCAAAACCUCCACCCAGCAUCGCGUCCUCCUCCUUGCCCUAGAAGCACAGUUGACAGCCUUCAUUCAGACAAACCUCGACUUGCCUGUCCUCGAGACGAAUCGCUUGAAUGGCUUCCAAAGACUCUUGGCACACAAGCUCGGCGACUACUAUUUUGUAGAUCAUACGCUGGACAGAGCUCGCGGGCUCAUCAUGUUUAGUCGGCUACCGCACUCCAAAGUGCCUGAAAAGACACUCAUGACCUUGUGGCAGGAUGCACAGCGCGAGCAAGCUGACGCAUCGGGCGUGUCGCUUGCGCAACAACCCAAAAUGCGAAUCAUGAGGCGAACAGACGCAUCACACAGUUCUCCUGCGACGCCGCGUCAAGCGUCACCGGCUCCUAGCAGCGCACAGAGUAAAGAUCAGGAAGCCAAGGAUAAAGAGACUCGCUAUAAUCUUGCACGAGCACGCAUCUUCAAGGACUUUGAACCAGAAGCGGCAUCUGCAACAACUUCACCUCAACUGGCUGCUGAUGAUUUUCCUCGUCAAGCUUUCUCCGAUAAAGGCACACGAUCUAGUCCUGGAGGCCGCCUGCAGUCACGUCCGUUCAAAGCGCGCAAGGCUGUCCCUGAUCCAGAGUAUUCGCGCACCUUGAUCCCGCCUGCUUGGUCUCAAGGACUUUCACAAGGCCAGUCAGCGCAGCAUGCUCCAUCACUGGAUGAAAGCCCAUCCUUCCUUGAAGACAACCUGCAAGACCGGCAUGCACAAUAUCAAAACCAGGCACCAGCAAACUCCGACAGGCUCGCAGACGCACUGGCUCGCGGUGUCCCUGAAUUCCAAAUGCCAACAAACACUGGCGGAACCAACGGACGCACCAUCUCAGCGCUUCCUGUACCGCCACGUUCUCCCGCUGGCAAUAUCUGGCAGUAUAAAUCGACGAUUCCGUUGUCUUCUGCUAAUUUGGCUGCGCUUGAAGCGAGUACCCAGCAAGUGGACCAGUCGUUCAGAAAUCUGUGGCUACAGCCUCCUCGUCCAGAGUGA